GCUUUCAACAAAAGCCCGGAUAUCAGGAAGAACACAUCCUCUGCCGGUGCCUCGCCAGGCCGGACGCUCGGCCGGGUCUAUUCCCCGCUGCACCGCCCCUUUUCUCGCAGCGAAGCCGCGGCUCCGCGCCCCGCCCGGCCCUCAGCGAUCCCGGGGCAGGUGCCAGGCCUGGAGCGCGGGGCGGGGCGGAGAGAGGGGCGGUGGCCGGGCCGCCUCCGCCCACAGCGGCUCCGGGCGGGCAGCGGGAGCGGCGGGGCCCAGGCGCCAUGAGCGGCCCGUGGGGCGCGGGGUGCCCGGCCCGGCAGGGAUUGCUGUGGGGAGCGGCGGCGCUGCUGGCGAUGGGCGUCCUKCUCGGGGCCUGGCGCUGGGCCGGCCGCCGCCGCCGCCGCCUGCAGCGGAUCGGGACGGUUCUCAGGCUUUUCGUGUACCCGGUGAAGUCGUGCCGGGGGGUGUCGGUGCCUCGGGCGCAGGUGACGGCAAUGGGGCUGCGCAGCGGGGAGCUGCGGGACAGGUUCUGGCUCGUGGUGAAGGAGGACGGGCACAUGGUGACAGCUCGCCAGGAGCCGCGGCUGGUCCUCGUGUCUGUCAGCAGUGAAAAUGGGCACUUGACCUUGGAGGCCCCGGACAUGGACAGGAUAUGCGUGCCUAUAAAGCUCCCCAAGAAAAAUCCCGUCCGUAACUGCAGGGUGUUUGGUCAGGAUAUCCAAGGCAGGGAUUGUGGUGAUGAAGUGGCWCAGUGGAUCACCACAUUCCUGAACUCAGAGCCCUGUCGACUGGUGCACUUUGAGCCCUCCAUGGUGCCAAGAAAGUCAAAGGACACAAUAGCCCUUUUCCGAAACACAGAUGAGGUUGCCUAUCCUGACUGCAGCCCAGUGUUGAUCAUCUCUGAAGCUUCAAUGGAUGAUUUAAAUACCAGGCUGGAAAAGAAAGCUAAGAUACAGAACUUCAGGCCAAAUAUUUUUGUGACAGACUGCAGUGCUUUUGAGGAGGACACCUGGGAGGAUAUUCUUAUUGGUGAUGUGGAGAUGAAAGGGACUGUGUGUUGUGGCAGGUGUAUUUUAACAACCGUUAAUCCAGACACCGGGGUCAUCGACAGGAAGGAGCCCUUGGAAACGUUGAAAAGUUACCGCUUGUGUGACCCAUCUGAGAAACACAUAUACAAAACAAGCCCUCUCUUUGGGAAAUACUUUGCUGUUGACAAAACUGGAACAAUUCAAGUUGGAGACCCUGUGUACAAGAUCAUCUGGGAAUGAAAGAGACUUUGAUCAGAAGAUUUUUCACUUUAUAUGCAGAUUGUUUUUCCAUGUAUACAGUCACUAGCAUAAUUUUUUCUUCUUCCUUGCAAUAUUUUUUAAGGUGCAGGAGGCUGUGAAGUCAAUAAUUUGAGUUCAUGUAAUCUACUGGCAUACCUGUAGUAACCACAUCUUUAGUUUUUCUGGAGGGUGUGGUAGAAGAAACUAAUUCAAGACAGACUUAACAGCACUACUGUGAGCAUCACACCUCCUAAAAUUUCAUUGCAACCAUAAUAUUGGAAUCCAAAUUUAUGUACAAGAGUUUGUAUCAUGUGUUAGAUACAUUCAGUGCCUAUAAAAAACUGCAGAAACAGUCAUGCCAAGCACAAUGUGUGUUGGUCACACAGCUGCCUUUACAAGUGAUCAUGGAGUGCAGAUGGCAGGACUCUGCCACCCUGCUUUGGUCUUAAUCCUUGUUGGAUUCCACCCUCCUUUAGUCCCAGUCAUCUUGCCCUGUGUCUGGAGGUAUUUUUUUGCAGUGUUUGUUACCUUGCAGUUGUUUCCUGAAGAUUCUCUUGAGACUGGAGCAGUAUCAGAAGGAGGAUUGUGAGCUGACUAAAUGAUAGUCUGGUUUAGAGGUGGGGGUGCUAGGUAAUGAUGUAGAUGGCUGUGGUUUGGUUUAGUUUGUGACCUCUGCUUGACAGUUUGAACCUUUGAAUUUUUCUCCUGUGAAGCAUAACACUGAGGCUGUAGAGUAGUGAUCCAUUUGCUAACAUAGCAGAAGAAUUUCCAUUUUGACUAAAAGAACUGGGUGUUCACUGUGUCAGAGACUUCACACACAUUGGAGGGGAAGAAAAGCCAUAGGGAGUGAUCUGAUGAUGAGCCUGCCCAUUCCAAGCUGGUGUCCAGGCCAAUAUUUUAGGGCUCUGUGUUCAUGCACAGCUCCUCUCUGGCUCAGUGAAUCCCUUUCUGUAGAAAGUCAGGCUGCUAAGCAGAUGUUUGGGAAGCUGCAGUUGAGCAUGUUAAUAYCCUUACUGGUUCUCCAUUUAGAUCUCUGUCUGUCCCCCAGUCCUCCUCCAAUCUAACCAAAUUGUCAGCCAUUUGUAGGAACCUGAUAAUUAUAUUUUCUACUGCAUAAAACUAAUGAGAGAGAGAAGUAGCUAAAUUAUGGCAGUAUUAUCUUUUCUUUCAAUGUGAUUUGUUUUUUUAAAACGUGGCCUACAGGACAAAAGCCAGCUAUCUUUYGAAUACUUGUCUGUUUUUUCUUUUUGUAUGGAUUACUAAAUUUGGAAAGAUUGUUACCCUAGAUUAAAAGAGGAAUCUAAGUGUGAAGAAGGACUAAUAUGAUCCAAUCUGAUGUUUAGAUUGUUAAUUUUCUCUUUUAAGUAUGAAAGUGGAGUUUUGAGGCAUGUUUGUAACUCAAAUCUGUAAAACAAAGAGCCGUUGAGCUUUGAGGAAGUGCAGGUGGAUGUAUGUGGCAAGCUUGAAGCAAUCAUGUAGGGGUGGUUGUUUUUGAUUUUUUUUUUAAACUCAGAGUUCCUCUGAAUACCAUUUUGUUAACAGGGUACUCUGUAAAUGUGAAGUUUUCCUAGACAGACAAGUGCCCAGUUUGAAGUGCAUGUUGUAUAUUCAUGUGUUAUGCCUGAUGCAGCAGCUAGUGGGGAGAAGUGAGAGAAAAAAGCAGCUUUUGAAAAGAAAAAGAAUUCUGAGGCUCAUUUUUUAAAAGCAUAUGUUGAAGGUUCUUAGUGUUAGAAGCUGAAAGCUUGUGGAAUUCCUAAUGGUAUUAUUACGCACAGGCAGCCUGCUGGCCUGCCAAAGCAAUUAAUUAAGUGUAUGUCUCUUCAUUAAGUCAAAGAAGCGGAAGGAACAAGAGCUGAUUUUUUUGCUUCUAGCCAAACGUAUUUUUUCCACUAUUGUUUUAACAGCACAUCAGCAUUUCCGUAACUCAAAUUGUGUGCUAUAGAUCCUGUUGCCUUUCAUUAGGCUGCUGUUGAUUGGKCUAAUUUGGAAAUGGGACUGUCUUUGCAAUGAGAAACUGCCRUCUGCAUUCCUGUUAGGGAGAGGCCAUAGAUAUAAACCCCUGAGUUACUCCUGUAAAGCCCCUUAAAAGAAUGUGGCUGGAAUCCUGAAACAGGUGUGCAUCUGAAUACAACGUGGUUCACAAAUGGCACAUAAAUCAAUUAUGUGGUCAAAGAGGGCCAUUUUGUGGAAUUGAGAGCAUAACUUAGAACAUUGCACUAUAAAUAUUUUCAUAUGAUUGUUGAAUUGCUGUAACUGUAGGAAUUGUGUUUGAUUUUGUUAAAGYGAUUUAGAAAAUGGACUGAAAACAUGUCAAUCAUAAACCACUGUUUUUAAAAUUGUGCACUUAAACAAUUGUUAAUUGUUUUUUUUAACUCUAAUGGAAGAAAACAAAAGUAUAAACUUCUACUGAAUCG